CCAAAGACAAAACUGUAGACCUGCACCAGGCUGGGAAGACUGGAUGUGCAAUAGAACAUCGUUGCUGACUAUCAAGAGCACCAAGAUGCAAGCUAUAAGGUCUCUGUUUUUCCCCAAAUGGUCAUCUGAUGUGCGUUUGGAUGGGAAGACGGCUGUCAUAACCGGUGCCAACACAGGAAUAGGCAAAGAGACGGCAAAGGAUCUGGCUGCUAGAGGUGCAAGAGUGAUUCUGGCUUGCAGGGACAUGGCAAAGGGAGAGCAAGCGGCCCGAGACAUCAUGAGGGAGGUGUCAUGUGCCAAAGUUGUCGCCAGGCAUUUGGACCUGGCCGACACCAAAUCCAUUUGCCAGUUUGCCGAGAAUAUCUACAACACGGAGAAAGGUCUGCACUACUUGAUUAACAACGCCGGUGUGGCUAUUUGUCCUUACUCUACCACUGUGGACGGAUUUGAGACGCAGUUUGGAGUCAAUCACUUGGGUCAUUUUUUCCUCACUUUCCUACUACUGGACUUGCUCAAGCACUCAGCCCCUUCCCGAGUCAUCACCCUUUCCUCGACCGCUCACACCAUGGGCAGGAUCAAUUUUGAAGACCUGGGUGGUGAGAAAAACUACCACCCUGUGCGGGCUUAUGCUCAGAGCAAGUUGGCGAACGUUCUAUUUACCAGAGAGCUGGCCAAGAGGACCGAGGAUUUGGGAGUAAUGGCUUUCUCUGUGGACCCUGGUGCCGUCAACACUGAGAUAACCAGACAUAUGAGGUGGCCCAUGGCAGACGUCAUCAAAACGUUUUCCACUCUGAUUAAGACUUCAGCAGAGGGCGCCUACACCACCAUCUACUGCGUGGUCACUCCUGAGAACGAGAUGCAUAAUGGGGGGCACUACAAGGACUGUGCUUAUUCCAAGAGCUGCUGGGCGGGCCGAGAUGAUGGCACUGCUUUAAAGCUGUGGGCUGCCAGCUGCCACCUGCUGGGAAUCCAAUAUACAAUGAUUCGCGUGGGUGGAGCGUCUGCUUCCCAAUCUGGAAUUUGCAAAUCAAUUACGUGCCAACUCACACCUCAUUGGCCCAGCUCUGAUGAUGCACGGACAAAGUGGGCGGGGUUAUUUGGAGCGACGACGAUGGUGAUGAUGAUGUUGCAAACUGUAAAGAGACCGAUUAUUCCUAUCAUCCUCAAGUGGUGUCAACCGGUGUUUCGUGAGGUGGGAAUUUGGAGCUGUGGAGGAAAGAUGAACUGCAGAGGUGUGUGCUGCAACCGUUGGUCAUCUGAGGAGAGGCUGGACAACAAAACAGUCAUCAUUACUGGAGCGAACACUGGCAUAGGCAAGGAAACAGCCAAAGACUUGGCAGCAAGAGGUGCCCGCAUCAUUAUGGCAUGCAGGGACCUAGAAAGAGCAGAGGAGGCGAGAUCGGAGAUUUUGGAAGAAACCGGUAAUGAGAACUUGGUUGUCAGGAAACUAGAUCUUUCUGACAGCAGGUCCAUUCGAGCUUUCGCUGAGCUCAUCAUUAAAGAGGAGAAACACGUCAACAUUUUGAUCAACAACGCUGGCAUCAUGAUGUGUCCAUACUCCAAGACCGCUGAUGGCUUUGAAAUGCAAUUUGGAGUCAACCAUUUGGGUCACUUCCUGUUGACGUACCUGCUGCUGGACCUGAUCAAGUUUUCAGCUCCCGCUAGGAUCGUCGUUGUAGCAUCGGUGGCACAUACCUGGACCGGCCUUCGACUGGAUGAUCUGAACAGUGAGAGCAGCUAUGACACCAUGAAGGCCUAUGGGCAGAGCAAACUAGCCAAUGUGCUCUUUGCGCGAGCUCUUGCCUCAAAGUUAACAGGAUCAGGCGUAAGUGUUUUCUCGCUCCACCCCGGUGUGGUACAGUCGGACCUGUGGAGGCACCAACACCAGUGUAUCCAGGUGGCCGUGAAGAUCUUCAGGAUCUUCACGAAGACAACAGUGGAGGGGGCUCAGACCACCAUCUACUGUGCUGUGCAGCCUGGCCUAGAGAGCCAGAGUGGAUCCUACUUCAGUGACUGCGCCCCUGCGAGGUGCUCCAGAAGUGCCUCAGAUGAUGAUUUGGCUAAGAAGCUGUGGGAAAGAAGCUGCAACAUGCUUGGCAUCACCUGGCAAUGAAAAUUUUUGCAAAUAAAAGAUGUUAGGAAGGACUUUGCGUUACGU